UUGGCUUUUCUUGGCCGUGUUGCCUGUGCCCACACCCUCUUUUUCGUUCCAUUAUGUAGAAAUUGUGUAGUAACCGUGUACCGUGUAGAGUUUUUUUUCCAUAAAAAAAAAAAACGCGGCUUAAUGCAAUUUUUCGAUGCUCGUCUGCAAAACAUGCAUUUUUGAUGAGGAAAAAGAAGGAGAGACAAGUGCAGUCAGACACACAUACAGUGACAGUCGGACCACAAUUGCAGUGCCGUGCGGGGUACGAAGAAAGUGCGCAUUUCACACAAAAUCGCCGUUCAUUUAACCGACCUUAUUGAUAGUUAUGUGCAUACAUACACGCAUGUACACAUACACGGGCUAGAAAAACCAACCACCAUCGCACCGCAGCCGCAGCAGCCCCACCAACAAACAGCAUCGCUCACCCACAGGAAGAGACGAGGAGGAGGAGGCAAAUUGCUAAGGUCACCAGAGAAUGGAGUCCCAGCCGAAGCGGCCCUCGUUGCAUUUAGUGGCAGAAGCUGGAUCAGGAUCAGCCGUGGGUGCUGCAGCCACAGCUGAGAUGUCGGGCGCAUUUUCCCCCACCUCGGGCUUCCUGCCGGACAUGCCGCAGUGGAAGAAGGACCUGAUACAGCGCCGCAAGACGAACGUGGCCCGCACCCAGGCGGCCGCCUCCCCCACAGCUACGUCCGAUGUGGAUGUGGCCUUGGGGGAAACAGGAGGAGGAGGAGGCGCCAGUGCAGAACCGACUGCGACUGAGGCGACGAUCACUAGUCAACCACAACAGAAGCCGCUGGCAAAGAGAAAUGUAAGCCAGACAGCAGCAGCAACAGCAACAGCACAUAUACAAAUGCAAACAGCGCUUAAGACUACACCAACAGAGGAAAAGUCUGAGAAAUCUUUUAUUGGAGGUCAUCAUACCCAACAGCAGCAGCAGCAGCAACAAGGCAAAGACUCGUCAGCAGCGUUGGCCUUUUCAAUUUCAGCUGAAACAACGUUUGGGCCACAAAUACCAAUACCAAUACCAAAGCAGCGAUCAAGUUUAUUUAACACAAGAAGUCCAUCAACAACAACAACAACAACAGCAACCAGCAGCAACAGCAACUCCAGCAAGGAGCCAGAGAUUCUAAAUUUGGAUCUCAGAGAGCGUGAGAGCGAGCAGCGGGAGCGUGAGCGAGAGCGAGAGAGCGAACGCGAGCCGGGAGAGCAAGUUGACUCCAUGGUGAGUUGCCGCUCUCGCGGCGGCGGUGGUGAAGUUGAAACUGGCACAGCGGCAGCAGCGACAACUGGAGCAUUAACAGCUAUCGACGCCAGCAGCGGCGCAGCGCCAACAUCGUCGUCGUCAGCAAAUCACUUGCAAACGAAACUUGGACAGACCGUUUCAGAAGGGGCUCCCAAUCAGACGAGCUCCACCGCGAAAGAAAAAGAACUGCAGGUAGCCGCAGCAGCAGCACCAGCACCAGCACAGUCGUUGGUUCUUGUUGAUAAUAAAAACGGUUCGAAGACAAAGCUCAUUUCCGAUAAAUUGCAGAGCAAUAAGUUUAUAAAACAACAGCAAGAACAGCAACAGCAGCAGCAGCAACAAUUGUCGCCCACCAAAUCAACGGUAAAACCGACAAUGGUCGCCAUGCAAGAAAUGAAAAAGACAACAAAACAAAAUGGCCAACAUCGUCACAUCGCGAAGAGCAGCAGCAGCCACAGCCACAGCCACAGCGGCGACCCAGAGGCUGCCUCCGGAGUGGCCCUGCCGGAGCUGGUGGACACCGGCGAGGACCUGAGCUACGGCCCGGGUAUCGUGUCGAAGCUGCGGUGCCGCUACCUCAGUCUGGCGCUGCGCGAGUCCCACCAGCAGAACCAGAAGCAACGCCUGCAGCGCUCCACCAGCCUCAACACGCUCCUCGAUCGCGACGACGAUGAGGAGGAGAUGAAUGCCAAUGCCGGUCUCGAAGUGGUCUCGACCCGGGCCAAAUCCACACCGCCGCCGAUACUGGGUGCGAAGCCGACGAUGCUUGGGGGCGGUGGCUACAUCAAGGGCGCCCAGGCGCCUGUCCAGCGUCCCGUUAGUCUGGGCACCAAUGGAACAACCCCCGCCCUGUUCCCGCUGAACACCGAAGAUCCCACAAAGCCCACCAACGGAGGAGGAGGAGUGACCCGAUCGCGGCACUUUAAGCGCGGCAAUGAGGUAAUGAAACGGGCCCGCUCCGUGGAGGCGCUGCUCUGCGAGAAAUCGCCGUGGAAUACGCAAAGAGCCAGCUACCAGGCGACAAGCAUGGCCAUGGCCAUGGCCACGACACCACAAGCCGUCUCCCCGGGCGCCGCAUCGCCCACCUGCGUCACCAUCGAGGACAAGAUCCACAAUGCCCGCGAGCGACUGCACAGUGGCACGGACCCGGCGCCGCCCAAGCGCCUGACCUCCAUUAUCGACGACACCGAGCGCCCGCCCCCGGAUCUGGUCAAGCAGACGCUGAAGAUGUUCGAGGCGAGUGCCAAUCGCCGGCCCCGCGCCACCCACCGCUCCAACGGAGUGGGCGGUGUGGCCAGCAAGGUGGCCAACUACAAGUCGAUCCUCAAGGAGCAGCGCCCGACGGCACCCCCCGUGGCCAGCACACCGCCAUCCCUGUCCCGGCGUGAGCCCGGCCAGAGUGUGGGUUUUGCUGCCUCCACCCCCAAACAGGCGCCCCGCUCGGCAUUGAUCUCCGACAGCAUCAUCAGCAGCAGCAGCACACCCCAUCCGCAUCCCGAUAUCAUUCCCCGGCAGCUGGCCAGCGUGGUGGACUCGCCCGUUUCCGCGCUGAGCCUCAUGAUGGGACGCAUCAAUCUGCAGGAAGCGGAUGGCGAGUCAACGGUGGCGGCGUCAGCUGUGAAUGAGAGCUUAGUCAGCGAGGCCAGAGCAGCGACGGCAUCGGGAACGGGAACGGUAGCAGUAGCAGCGGCGGCGUCGGCGCCAAACAACGAGGCGAACUGCGCAUACGAGAAUGAGAAUGAGAAUAAUGCCAGGCACGAUGUUGGCAACGAUGGGGAUGACGACAACACCACCAACGACAACAACCGCAACGACAGCAGCGACAACAAUGGGCACGAUGGCGAUAAUAUGGGCGCGGCAGGCGAUAAGCCUAAGCCCCCCACAUGCACAGCAACGACGACGACGACGGCGACGACGGCGGCGACAGCGGCGGCAGGAGGAGCCCAGCGAUCAUUCGUUGCCACGAUCGAGAGCGCGCACGUUCCCAGUGGAAGUAAUAUCGCAAGAAAACAACUGAACAACAGCGAGACGGGAUCGGGAUCGGGAUCUGGGAUAACGACAACAACAACCAAACAGAUUGGUGUGAUACGGCCGCUCUUCAAUAGCAGCAGCGGUACGACACAGCAGCUAACCAGUCGCGAGAUCGAAAAGAAUCGCAUUAAUGAGAUGAAAAAGUCCUCGGCUCUGGCCAACGAUGGCAGCUCCGGUGCGGGUUCGCCCAUAACUAGUCUGGACACGGUGAUAAAUACGAUACGGGAUGGCAGCGAAACGGACGCGGCCACAGCCUCGCCCCUGUGGACACUGCGAAAGCUGCGUCACGGCCAUGCAGCCGGUAGCAAUUCUGGUCAUCAUGCGGCAGGAACGGCGGCCACUUCCAGCCAUUCCACGGAGAACACCUCGAUGGUGUUCAAUUUUUCCAAGAGCAGCAAAGAAGUGCCCGACUACAUUGAAAGCGAUGUUGUGAUCUACAGGCGUAAACGGGAAUUGCCAAAGCCAAAUGAACCCGGCUUCGUGUUGCUGGGCGAUCUAUCGGUGGAGACCUCCACGGAUACGGACUACGACGACUACUCCCUGUGCCCGCCCUCGCCGUGCGACGUGGAGUUCGAGAAUGCCAACAUUGUGAUCGAUGGCAAGUCCAGCAUACGCCAGAAACCCAAAGAGUCAACGUUUCGCGUGCAGUUUAACGAUACGUUGACGUCCACCUUCGAGUACCCAUCAGAGGCAUCGAUGAUCGUCGACGAUCCGCCCUAUGCCGAUCCCUUUUCCCAUGUCAGCAAGCAUCACCAGCUGCUGUUGGCCGAACAGAUGCAGCUGCUCCAGCACCAGCAGCAGGUGCAACAGCAGCAGCAACUGCAGCAUCAUCAUGUUACUGUAGACGAGAUCAUUGAGCUUCCCACAUCGACGGUGGGGCACAAUAACAAAUCUGGCAGCGCAGGCGGUGGCGGUGGAGGCGGCGGCGGCGGGGGCAAUAUGCUGGGGAAUUUACCGUUGGGCUCUACGGCACUGGGCUUUUAUACGCCCAUGAAGGCCUCGCCGAUGGACAGCCUCUUCCAGCUGGGUGUGACGCGGUACGCACUGCCCGACAGCAGCAGCAGCAGCAGCGGCAGCGGCAGCAACAACAGCAGCGGCAGCAACAGCAAUAACAGCAGCAACGGCUGCAGUCCAGCCGGUGGAGGAGCAGGCAAGGCAACGACAAAGCUGUUCAAUGGUAACGGCAGCAUUGUGGGCAUCGGCGAGGGUCUCAUCAAGGACGGCGGCAACUGCGAUGAGGAGGAUGCAGCGGCGGCGACAAAUGGAGCCGGCGGCAAGAAGUUGAAUUGCGAUGCGGACGGAGAGGAGGACGACUACCAUCCAACGGCGACGCCCGGCGGCGGAGUUGUCUAUAGCGAGGGCACACAGAAGACAGAUCUAUUGUACUGAUGGAACGAAACACACACAGCUCUCUGGAGGAGCUCUCCCCCUCUAUCUGUAGAUAGAGAUCUAUGUAUGGCUCGUUAAUGCUAUUCCAUUCCUCCAUAAACAUCAUCCCAUUAUAAUAUCCCUCCCCCCCCUUGUGUGAAAACCGUGCGCUUAGGUGAAAUAUCAAUUUCAGAAAUACGGCAGACAGAAAAACACAGAAAGAUACGUAUAUAUAUAUAGAUAUUAUUUGUAAUUCGUAAGCCCUAGAUACGAUAUGGGUGUAUGCGUGUGAGUGCGAGUGUGCGUGUGAUUGUAUGCGAGUGUCUUUAUAUAAAUAUAUAUUUGUUUUUUUUUUUUUUCUUUAACUUAAUUACGAUUAUUGUAAAUGCAUCGAUGAUGGCACUUCAGUGAAGGAACCAAACACCACUUCGAGAGUUGUUCCAUAUUGUAUUUGUAUUUGUAUUCCAUUUACGGUAUUUUUUAUAGUAAAUAUACAAGAAGAAGACAAACGCCAAGAAACAAACUAAAAAGAAAAAACUUGGACAUUUUGCCGAACAUAAUAUAAACAUUGUAAACAACGAGAAGUUGUUUCACCAACAACAGAAACAGAAACGGAAACAACUGAAAGUAACCCCGAGCCCCGCUGCAGGGUCUAACAUUAAACAUUAUACAUAUAAAUCC